UGCCAAGACAAGACAGGGGGCUGAAUCAUGAAGUCUCAGCAGAAGUGUAUUGUGAUCUUUGCCCUGGUGUGCUGCUUCGCUGUGCUGGUGGCCCUGAUCUUCUCAGCAGUGGACGUGUGGGGAGAAGAUGAGGACGGCAUCACCGAGGAGAACUGUAGCAGGAACUGCAGGAUGAUUAUUGUGGAGAAUAUUCCAGAAGACGUGUCAUUGGCCCACAACGGGACCACUCCUCUCGCCGCUGGCCUCCAUCACCUGCUGGAUCUGGCCACGCGCCAGGUGGAGAUCGUCUCGCCUCACUGGGCUCUAAACUCCACCGAGUACGAGUCCAGCAUCCCCACUGCAAAACAGGGCCGGUUCUUGUUCCACAGAUUGAUGGGCCUGAAGUCCCAGAAGGUCAAUCUGAAGGUGGCCAGUGGUCUUACUCUGGAGGACUCCAAAGAGCUGAAGGUCCUCUCUCGUCAUGGUGCGGAUAUCCACUACCUGAACAUGACUAUCCUGACCAAUGGGAAGCUGCUGUCCUCCUUCUGGGUUGUGGACAGGAAGCAUGUCUACAUCGGCAGUGCCGGCAUGGACUGGAGAGCGCUGUCCACGUUGAAGGAGCUUGGCGUCAUCCUGUACGAGUGCAGUUGCCUGGCGCUGGACCUGCACCGCAUCUUCAGCCUCUACUGGCAGCUGCAGUACAAGGACUUCAUCCCCUCCAUCUGGUCCAAGAGGCUCUACGGCCUUUUCAACAAGAGGAAAACACUCUCUCUCAUCCUCAACAACGUGACCGCUGAGGUCUAUCCCUCUAAUUCUCCGGAAGCCUUCGGGCCUAAAGACCGGGCGCAAGACAUUGAGGCUAUCUUCGAUGUGAUUCAGGACGCCAGGUGGUUCAUCUAUAUCUCCAUUACCGACUACGUGCCUCUGGUCAGCAACGGCGUUAGCAGGUACUGGUCGGCCAUUGACGGGAAGCUGCGUGAGGCUCUGCUGCUGCGGGGCAUCAAAGUGAAGCUGCUAGUGAGCUGUUGGCAGCAGACGCACCCCCUGACUGCUAACUUCCUCUGGUCCCUACAGAGCCUCUGCAUGGACAUGGCCAACUGCUCCAUGGAAGCGAAGUUCUUCAGCUCGCGUGAGCAGCCAGAUGGCACGAUCGAAGGGAUCAACCACAACAGAUACAUGGUCACAGACAAUGCGCUAUACAUAGGGAACUUUGGCUGGGUGGGGAACGAGUUUACAUACAACGGCGGCGCCGGACUGGUCAUCUCCCAAGAGGAGGAAGCUGAGGACAGCAACGUCAACGUCAACGCCAACGCCAACGCCAACGCCAACGCCAGCGUCAACGUCACCGCGGUGCAGCAGAUGAGAGCCGUGUUUGACAGGGACUGGCACUCGCGCUACGCUAAGCCCCUGCAGCUCAACAAGAUGCCUGUCUGCGCACAGCAGCAGCAGCACGAGGCCCUGACACACUCACUCAAGUCCUGGGACGACUACAGUGUGGAGAAGACUGACGGCCCCAAUGCCUCUCUGUGAGUAAAGGCAGAGCGAUGGCACGGCAGGCCAAAUGGGGGACGUUUAAAAACCUGUACAUGUCACCGAGACUAUUUGCCAAAGGCUCUUAUCUGUGGCCAGGGCCUCUGGCAGCUUUUGCUGGGGCCGGGACAAAGUCAUCUGAAAGGGCCCCGUACCCAAUACAUACAAUGUAAUGGGGACCCAAUUCUGGGCCCCUUAUCUCCCUGGGUCCGGGACAAAAUACUCCUUUGUCCCCCUCUGUCGGCGGCCCUGUCUGUGGCAACCUCUGACACAAGCUGCUUUUGAGCACGGGAUGGGAUGGAACGAGGAAGGUGGCUUCCGUUUGCUGCAGUGUUUUAUUGCACAGAUUUUUUUGUGGGCUGUUAUUUUAGUUUUCUUUUUAAGAGCAGAGGAGAUUUAUGAACCAAAGCUUGCCUUUCUUUUCCUAGCUCCCCGGGGGUCAGAACGUUUUUAUUUUCUUGGUUUUCGGCACUAGAUUUGGGCUUGGGUCAUGACCAAACACCGGCAGGGUUUUCUCCAGAGCACCUACAGUAAAUAAUGGACAAAUGUAUCCCUUUACAGUUUUAAUUCCAGCAUACUCUGUGUCUUGCUAAUCUGUAGUAGACAAACACUGUAAAAUGCUUUUGUAAAAGCAUGUUUGGCAGCACACUUCUACGCACAUGUGCUUUUUGUUCACUGAUGUAGUAUACAGCAAAAUCCUUUACUUAACAGCCGUACAUACAGUGAUGCUUCCUUAAAUGCAUCAUAACCCAUAAGACUCUCUCUUUUUUAUGAAUUGUGUCUAACAUGAACCUACAUUUCACAAACAAGAAUUGUGUUUCCCUUUCAUGACACAGUUUACAGGGGUAAUCCAAAUCUGUUUUUUAUGUAACAGGACUAUUUUUUUUGUAUUUUGCACAAUCUGAAUUAUGGUCACGUUGUCUGUGGUUGUUUCUUACAAUUGUCAGUCACAU